GUGCGCGGAUCAGUGAAUCGGUAGUGACGGUGAUCUGUGGUUUUCUGGUAAAUUUAAGCUCCUGUAGGUCCGCAUAAAUGUCGGAAUUGCGACACAGGGCCCCAGAAGACAAGCAGGCUCCACAGGAUGAGGGGCCUGAAUCAGCCAGGUGUUUGGGAGAGGAGGAUACUGAUGACGGAGCUCUACCUACCACAUCUGACAUCUCAUCCUUACCCCAGGCCUCGGACAGAACCACCGAUGUCUUGGACGCAGCCCUCAAAGACCUUACCCCAAGAUGGCGGAACUGGAUCAUCCGUGGCAUCUUCACCUGGGUGAUGAUCCUGUCCUUCUGUUUUAUUAUCUACUUGGGGCCUCUUGCCCUAGUCUUGCUGAUCUUCGCUCUUCAGAUCAAAUGUUUUCACGAGAUCAUCACAAUCGGGUACAUUGUUUAUCGUUCUCACAACCUACCCUGGUUCCGAACACUCAGCUGGUACUUCCUGUUUGCCUCGAACUACUUCUUCUAUGGAGAGAGUAUGAUCCAUUACUUUGGAGUCCUCUUGGCCAGACAGGAGUUCAUGCAUCCUUUUGUGGUCUACCAUCGUUUUAUCUCUUUCUCACUGUACGUGGCUGGCUUGGUGGGAUUCGUUAUGAGCCUGGUCAAGAAACAUUACCUUAAGCAGUUCACAUUGUUUGGUUGGACACAUGUAACCCUGCUGAUUGUCGUGGCACAGUCACACCUUAUCAUGCAGAACAUCUUUGAAGGCCUCAUAUGGCUGCUGGUUCCAGUGUCCAUGAUCAUCUGUAAUGACAUCAUGGCUUACAUGUUUGGCUUCUUCUUCGGGAAAACUCCGCUGAUAAAACUCUCCCCAAAGAAGACAUGGGAGGGUUUCAUAGGAGGCGCUAUAUCUACCAUAGUCUUUGGUAUUGUACUCUCCCUGGUCCUGGUACAGUUUGAUUACCUGGUGUGUCCCAUCAGCUAUGACGAUGUCAAUGAGCAAUUAUCUAUGGAGUGUGAAAGACACCCUGUGUUCAGAGUGACAGAAUACCAGCUACCUUCUACAAUACAGUCCUUCUUUUCUCUUUUCUUUAUUCCUUGGAGGACCAUCCACCUGUACCCAUUCCUGCUGCACUCCAUCUCCUUGUCCAGCUUUGCCUCCGUUAUUGGACCAUUUGGAGGAUUCUUUGCCAGUGGCUUUAAACGGGCGUUUAAAAUUAAGGACUUUGGGGACACAAUUCCAGGACAUGGUGGGAUAAUGGACAGAUUUGACUGCCAGUUUCUUAUGGCUACAUUUGUACAUGUAUACCACUCCAGUUUUAUACGAGCCCCGAACGCCCAGCGUGUGAUUCAGCAUUUGCUGACGCUGAAGCCAGAGGAGCAGUUGGAAGUCUUUAAUGUGUUACAGGAGCGUCUCCUCUCCCGAGGGAUCCUCAACAUCACUGCACAUUAGCCAUCUGUCUAUGAAGCACAGGUGUUUUAUUUAUUGUUGGUAGCUCUCUAGUACCUCAAGCAUAUGGGUAAAGGUAAAGGCAAAGAAAACACUAGAAUUAGUAUAUUUCAGAUGAAAGACUGUCCAGGAAAAUAGUUUGCUUCAUGUUUUUUUUUUUUUUUUUUGUUUAAAUUUUUCCAUCCAAGUAAAAUGCUUCUAAAACAUUGGAUUUUAUGUUGGUUUUUUUAUCCUAGUGGGUAUCAUUGAGAACCCAUCUAUAUAUUUUUUUUUUGUUUGAAAUUGUGUAACUAGUCAAUUUAUAUGUGAAGAAGUUUGGCAGUCUGUGUACACGUACCAAGUACACAAAACUCUCUGUGACGUCACUGCCCACAUUAUGGUCAGAAAAGGGUGCCAUAGAAGCCAGUAUUUUAAAUAUUUUACUUGGUUAAAAAAUUUGAAAAAAGAAAAAAAAAAAUCAUAAAUAAAUAAAAUUACUUUCCUGGACAAUCUUUGAUGGUUUAUCUGACAUAUACUUCAUGGUAAUGUUGUUUGUUUGUUAGCCUUUAAUUACAGUAAAAUGUGGUUUGAGCUGUAGAACACGCUUAUAACACAUGGAUUGAGCCAGGCAAUUGUUGUGCGAAAGGUAACAUAUUCACCUGGUUUAUUUAAUGGAUCGAGGUAUAAGUCUAUAAUAUUCUGGGCUCGUCUGAACAAUCGUGUGUAUAUGUAUAUAUGUGAGUGUG